AAACAUCAAAUGCGGGGAAACUUACUUGUACUGACAGAGAAGUACCCAUUCUCUGACAACUCAUUACGUCAUGUAACACCUAAUUAUCAUGUAAAAAUAUUAAUGUACUAAGUUCAACGUAACAUAUGUCAUUACUAGGCGAAAAUAAAUUAAAGGUUAAACAAAUUUUAUUUCAUACACGAUGGCAAAUACCGGUUUAUUAGUUUUAACAAAUCCUACAAAAAUAACGAAAUUAUUACCAAUAAUCAAAGAGCAUGUAUUGAAAACUCUGUAUAUUCAAUAUCUUCCGGAAAAGAACAUUUUUCUAUCUCGAAAUCAUGCAUUUACAAAUUCUCAAUGGAAAGUAUUAAGUUCUUGUGCUCAAACCAUUUCUAAAAUUUAUACAGACACUUCUACUAUAUUUCCACCACUUGAUAUUCGGGUGUUACUAACAAGCAUAAAGAAUCCUAAUCUAUCAAUAAUAAAUACUAAAAAGCCUGUAGAAAUAGUUAUUUUUGAUCAAGUUUAUAGUACAAAGGAAGCUUAUACAUUUAUACAAGAUUAUCUAGCUAAUACUUCUAUGAACUGUAAUUUUGUUACUUUUAAUGAUGAUCAAGAAGUAGAGAAAAUAAGUAAUACGUGCAUUAACAAGGAUGGUGUUAAUGAGGAAAAAAUUUAUAAGAAUGUAGUACUUGGUGGUACAUUUGAUCGAAUACAUAAUGGGCAUAAAAUAUUUUUAACUGAAGCUGUAUUACGCUGUUCAGAAAAGCUUACUGUUGGUGUAACUGAUACAAAUAUGUUAUCUGGAAAAUUAUUGUGGGAACUGAUAGAGCCUUGUCAGACAAGGAUUCUAAAUCUCAAAGAUUUUUUAGAAGAUAUUGAUUCAACACUAAUGUAUGAUGUUGUACCAAUAAAUGAUAUGUAUGGUCCAACUAAAUCUGACCCAUCAUUUGAGAUGAUUGUAGUUAGCGAAGAAACUAAACGUGGUGGAGAUAAAGUAAAUGAAAUGCGUGUAAAAAACAACAUAAACAAGUUAGAUAUACAUAUUAUAAAACUAAUAUCCGAUGAAAAUCACAGAAACCAUGAAGAAAGUAAAGUCAGUUCUAGUAAUCAUAGAAUAAGAUUGCUGGGUACAAGACUUCGUCCACCUAAAAUAGAAAAUAAGUCUGUAAAACCUUACAUUAUUGGUUUGACUGGUGGUAUAGCAAGUGGAAAGUCAUCAGUUGCUGACAAAUUAGAAAAGUUAGGUGCAGGUCUUGUCAAUUGUGAUAAAAUAGCACAUGAUUUAUAUUUACCUGGCAAAAAGUGUUUUGACGCAAUAGUUGAAAACUUUGGUUCUACUAUCUUAAAACCAGAUGGAUUUAUUGAUAGGAAAGUACUUGGCAAUAUAGUAUUUAACAGCAAGGAACAGUUAAAUAAAUUAAAUAACAUUGUUUGGCCUAUCAUUUUAGAAGAAGCAAAGAAACAGAUAAAUGAUUUUUAUGCAAAAGGAUUUGAUGUAAUUGUAAUGGAAGCUGCUGUACUAAUUCAAGCUAAUUGGCAGCAUUUCUGUCAUGAAAUUUGGACAUGUAUUAUUCCACAAGAGGAGGCUAUAAGACGAGUAAUAGAGAGAAAUGGAUUAACUGUAGAUGAUGCAAAGUUAAGAAUUCAAGCUCAACCGAGUAAUGUAGAACAAGUUAAUGAAGCUAAUGUAGUAAUAUGUACUUUAUGGAGUCAUGAUAUCACCCUGGAACAAGUGCAAAAAGCAUGGGAUGAAUUAAUGAAAUUAUUAUCUACUCAGACAAAAAAUUAACGAUAUAUUGUUAAUUAGUUUUUCAGGAUUUUUUUUCUCAGGGUCAUAACAAAAUAUUACACAACGAUCUGGACCUAAUUUUAUUUGAUCAAUAAAAUAAUCAUAUAA